GAUUUCCAGCUGCAUUUCGUGGCGGUGAAAUGGUCUUUGGUCGAGAUUAGAUGAACUUAUUUUGCUUAAGUUACAUAACAAAAGAUAUGGUGAAAAGCUGCCGUAUGUCAGUGCAAAUCGCUGCGUGCAUAAUGUGCUGUAGCCUUAUUUCCACAACGAUAGCACGGCCCUCAACGUAUAUACUCAAACAAAGGAUAGAGAAAAAAGAUCCUGAAUUAGCGGAACCAAAUAGAAGGACCACGUUGGACAAUUUAAUUGUGAUAAUUAAUCGAUUUUUCCAUGGCAAUCAAAGGCAUCCCUCCGAAAGCGAAAGGGAAAGUAUUGCUGAUAGCAUGUUCGACUUUUUCGACUUAGAUAACAAUAAUAUAAUAGACAGGAGCGAAUUCCGUGCAACCAUAUGGUUUAUUAACAAUGAUCGCAAGCGAAGGAAUGGACGUCCAUUUCCCGAGGUAGAAAGUCUUUCGAAAUAGCACUUUCAACAUGAAAGACAUGCCAUGAAAAUUUCUGCUGCGGGCGACUAGGUGCUGACAUCAAGUGGAAAUCAAGAGGAUUUUCCGUUAUUAUGGUGAUAUUUACAAGAACAUUACUGGUACAUGAAUUAUUCAACUAAACCAUGAACUCCGAACUCUUAAAACUCUUUCUACUGGCCCAUUUACAACGUCUAACCUUAUAUUGACGGGCCGGCCAUCAGAUAAACUUGCUUGGCCAUGUUAAGCGAGACAAGCAUGAAUGCAUGAAUGAAUGGAGUGUGAAUGUCAGUGUGCUGAUGAGCGUGUAAUAUGCAUCUUAAUAUGAAAUGAUGUCGAACAAAGAUUCUGAUGAUGUUUUGGAUACUUAACUGGAGUAUGGCCUGAAAAUCCAACAACGUCCUCCUU